AUGGAUGAUCACUCUAGAUUCACACGGACCUUCUUGUUGAAACAUAAAUUCGAUACUGUUAAUAUUCUUAUCAAUUUCUUCAAUAUGGUUGAGACUCAAUUUAAAACCAAGGUGAAGCAAAUGCGAUCAGACAAUGCAGCUUUGCUUAACCACCAUUUCAAACAAUCGAGGCACGAUUACUCCUUUUUCACCAAUGGUAGUGGCCACCAAACAAUCUAUCUCCUUGUAUACGUCGACAACACUAUCCUGGCCAGUCCAUCUAAGGACAUGCUGUACAAGGUGCAUAAGCUAUUGGAAUCGCUCUUCAAAUUGAAGAUUCUUGGUGAUUUGAAGUAUUUUUUGGUUUGGAAUUGGCAAGAUCAGAUGAGGAAAUUGUUCUUAGCCAACCCUACCUUUUUGCCUAUCGAACCCAACCUAAGGCUUAGUAGUUCAGAUGGGGAGCUGCUCACAGAUCCCGCAAGCUAUAGAAGGCUUAUAGGGAGAUUGAUGUACCUCACCAUCUCGCGCCCAGACAUCACCUACGCUAUCUCCACCCUUAGCCAAUUUCUGUCCCAACCUCGCACUUCACAUCUUCAUGCCCUUCAUCAUUUGCUGCGAUACAUCAAAGGCACCAUAGGACAAGGCUUACUUUUUUUGGCAAACUCUGAGAAAAGACUAAUAGGUUAUGUGAAUGUAGAUUGGGCAGGUUGCCUGGAUACUAGAUGGAGUGUCACUGGGUUCUGUUUGUUCAUUGGAAAUUCUCUUGUUGCAUGGCGAUCGAAAAAGCAGAUCACAGUCUCCAGAUCAUCCGCAGAAUCCGAGUAUUGGGCCAUGGUAGCAGCUCCUGCUAAACUCAAAUGGCUGAAAGGCCUCCUGCUUGACUUUCAAGUUGAUAUUCCCUCUUCUAUGCUAUUUUGUGACUCUCAAUCUAUUAUUCACAUAGCAUCCAAUCCCACUUUUCAUGAGAGAACUAAGCACAUAGAAGUGGAUUUUCACUUUGUGCGUGAAAAGGUGGUUGCGGGAUUUAUUAGGCCCAUUCAUGUUCGGACGCAACAUCAACUAGCCACUGUGUUCACCAAGCCAGUGACCCCAGCUUGA